AUGCAGAUACUAGUUGCUCUUUUGGUUAUUGGGAACAUCCGCUGUCAAAAUGGAUAUGCUGAUCAAAAUAAUAUCCGCAUGCAUCAUAUAACACCUAAUGAGAAACUGGUUGAAGCAACUAACAGUUAUAGUACUAGUUUUGUACAAAAUGGUCCUGAUAGUGAUUCAAUUAGUACUUUGAAUGCGCAAUACCAAGCGAUUGAUGACGCGAACCAAAAUUCUGAUUACAAGCGGGCGGAACGAGGAAAAUCCAGGAAGAUCUAUCGAAUAAAGAAUCCUUUUCAACAACAGGAGGAAGAAGUUAUUACCAAGCAACAAAACUCAACACUAGACAGCGAAACUGGUGCUAGUAAUCAGUAUGCUAUGAUGCAGUACUCUUUACCACCUGAGCAAUUCCUACAACAGAUGCGAGCACAAAACCAAUACCAUCAACAGCAGCAGCAAGUAUCUACGCCAAUUCCAACAUUUGAAUAUACAGCUACUCCUCAACCUCUGUAUCAGUACUCUUCAAUAACACCAUCAUAUUAUGACAACGGAAAUUCACAAUAUACCCCAAUACCAAUAAUUAUGUCGAAAAAUUCUCCCCAAGUAUAUAAUCCUGAUGGGAAUACUUAUCAGUUUAAUAAUAAUGCAUAUUCUUUCGGGAUAGAUGCCAUUCAAAGCACUCCUUCUUCGCUAAUUUUGUAUGUUUCCACUAGUUCACCAAACAAUCAAUAUGCUGGAACAACAUCUAGUAAUUAUGUUUCAAGUUCUUCGCCCAUUUAUCUGUCUAGUCCAACGACUUUGCGGUCACAUAUAUCUUCAACAUUCGCAAACACACAAACAGGAUUACCAAGCUAUCAUGACUUAUUAAACCAUAUCAAUAGGCAAUCGUCAACAGUUGAAAAUAAUACAUUAAAUAAUGGAAUAAACCAAAAAACAUCAAAUAUGCAAGUUAAUUAUUAUGAUAACUCGGGGAAUGGAGUUCAACAUCCAAUUCAUAUGCAGCAACAGUAUCAAAAUGAAUUCCCGCCUUCGACCCCUGUUCCAGCAUCUUCUGCUAAUCCUGAUUCUAGUUACGGUUCCUGGCAAAAUUCUAGAAAUUAUGGUUUAAACAAUUUCCCGCAUUCAAUUCAAGAAUUCUCGCAAACAAAUCAACAAAAUUUUCAAAAUAAACAACAAGAGACCCAACAAGGGUCUAAACAAGAUUACCAAAAUAGUGACACUUAUCGUAUUGGCAGUAUUCCAUCAGCAAAUAAUUUAUUUUUAAGUUAUGCACAACCAGACUACCAAACUCUUGCCAAUAAUAGAAAUAAUGUUAAAGAUAUUGAGCAACAAAAUAGACAAGGCGAAAUAUACUCUCAUGGUGAUUAUGGAUGGAAACUUGACGGUAAAAAACCAUCAAUAAAAUAUCAUUCUUUUUCAUCAAAUCAUUCAAUACUUCACAGCAACUAUUAUCCAGUAGGUAGCAAUUCUUUAAAUCGUACUAAUCAUUAUGUUGAUAAUGGUAAAACAUAUAAUAAUGAUCAAGCUUCUGUAAUGAAUCCAGGAAAGAUAGAAGACACACAAGAAUUUGUAAAAGCAGCUGCAAAAGCACAUGAAAAUAUGAAGAAACAACAACAAGAUAUCUUAAAUAGUUUACCAUCUCGUACACAGCAUGAGCAAAAUGUUUUAUCAAACAAGGAAAUAGGUAACUUUGUUUAUGGAAGUAAUAAUAAUCAAAAAGGUACUUCAUACGAGAAUUCAAACACCCGUUUUAAUGUGCAGCCGGAAUUGAUAUCGGUAUCUCCCUAUUAUUAUUCUAAUAUUAGAGAAAGUACGUUGGAUAGUAAAAUUAAACAGCCAUUUGAACAAAAUAAUGCAAUUCAAAAUCAAAUAAUGAAUGAUACCUUAAAUCAAAAUCCCAUUCCUGAGAUGCAAAUGAAAAUUAAUGCAGGUUUUGAAUUUAACAAAGGAUAUAAUUCAACCUACUUUAAUAAAGAUAUUAAUGAGCAAAACUUUAGGCACAGUAUUAAUCCCGUCACUGAACCUAGUUACGAAAAUAAAAACAUAAUUAACAGUUUUAAUUACCGAUCAAAACCUGGAGAAGUUUCACAAAGUGAUAGUUUAUAUCAGUUAGAACAUAGUUAUGAUAAUCCUAAACAAUCAGAGCUUUUGUAUAACUUAAAUAAUCCACCUCAUAAGCAACAUAUAGAGGGAAACAUGCCUCAUUUUAAUUACUUAACUCAAACAAGUUUAGAUAACGUACAAUUUAAAAACAACUUACAACAACAGGCUAUUCAAAAUCAAGGAAAUUCUGAGAAUAUUAGCAGUUUAAAGAUUAAUGAUAUUCCGUACUGGCUAACACAAGGUUCGAGUACAGGCAACUUUCAACCACAAAACCAUUUCAAUCACGGAAUUCUUUCUACACCUACACCUAUUGUACUCAAUCAAAAUGUUAAUUCCCACCAAAUAGAUGUAACUGCAAGUAUUCUAAACAAACUCAUGCGCAAUAAACCAGUUGAAAUUAUUUCUAAACCUGAUUAUGACGCCCAAAUAGCAAAUUUACUACCAUCAUUAAAUGGGUUUAAAAUAACUAAUCCGUACAAUCUUGAUCUUAAACUAUUGUCAGAAAUUUUAAAGGGAAGAACAACAUCAGACGACAUAAAUACACCUCUUCGUAAUCAGUUUAGUCAACCAAAUCCUUUUAGGUGGGACGCAUCACAACUACAACAACUUAUGUUAAAGAAUGAUAAUAUAGGUAGUUUAGCUCUUCUGAAUGAUAGAAUCAGUGGUUUAAAUAGUCCCUAUUUUGAAAUACGUAAUAGUGACCGCUAUCUUUAUCCGGGCGCAAAAUAUUCAAGAAGCCAAGAGGAAGAAGAUAGUAUUGAACCUAUUACUGUUUCAUCUCAUAAUCAUCCUAUUGGUGCUGUUAUUGAACAAGAUGACUUCGAAAAUGAAGAUAAAGAAAUUAGUGACACUGAUGUGAUAGAUUCAGGCAAUGACCAGUUUUCUAUUGAAACUGAUGAAAACGAACCUAAAAUACAUCCAAAUUCCAAAAGUACUAAUGACAGGCACAGGCAUUUGUUUAUGUUAAGCCGUCUUUCCCAUCAAAGAAGAAUGCCAAAAGUUGUAAUAGAAGAGCCAUAUCCUUUAUUAAAACCACCUCCUAUUCAAACAUUUAAAGGUAUAAUUCGUAAUGGAAUUGAACAAGGCAAUCGUAAGCAACGUGUAAAUAAAUUUAAGCUAUCCCGAGGCAUAAAGCAUGGUAAAUCUUCGUUUGAAGAUAUAAUAUCUAAUAAAGAUUUAAAAUAA